AUGCUGUUGACCUAUCCUACACGCAGAACCUGCUAUUUCAUCACUCAUCAACACAUUAUGGCUAAGCGGUCGGUGAGGAGGAACUCCAGAUCGCAGGGGGGCUUGAUGCCUCGACAUCCUGCACCAAUUGCAUCUGCGAGGAUGGCUAACUCUACUCCGAGUAUUACUUCUGAGUUCCCUUUGCAGACGUCAGGCGCCAACGAUGUCGGCAAACUUUCAAUUUCCUCUCUAACACUGGAUACACCCUUGGCUCCUUUAAAGCGUCAAAGUCGCGUUCCCUCGAAGUCAUUUCCCUUCCUUGAGCUGCCUUCCGAGCUACGAGUCAAGGUUUACGAGUACUACUUCAGCGACACAGAUCCUGUCUUAGAUCUUGGGCCGGAAAACUACAAGCGCAUCCACAAGACUCUCGGUUUUAUGCGCGUCUGCAAACAGAUUCAUAUCGAAGCGACGCACUUCUUUUACAGCUCACGGAGUAUACGCAUCUUUCCGACUUACCCUGGGCGAUACUUCAAGACUAAAAAGCCCAUGCUUGCUCGGCUAAAGAAACACCAACGGCAGUGCAUCACGUCAUUGGAGCUUCGUCUUGGCCCUGGCUGGGGUGCACCUCCGCGAGGCUGGGUGGUAAACGAGGCGCUGGGUCUCGCGGAUUGCAUCAGCGUCCGCAAGGUGACCAUUUUUGUAGAAUGUGACCCCAGUGACGACUUUUAUAAAGGAUUUCGACGAUCUGACGGUUUCUACGAAAAAUUCAGUGCCGGGCUGAUGAAGCGUGUACUUGCCGCCCUUCCUCACGCGAACGUGGUCGAGUUUGACGGAUUCUCAGGUGUCAAAAAGACUGGCGCCAUGAUGCGAGGCCUGCUUGACAUUGCUGCUGAAACAAAGCGCCUCAUCGCGUGGGGUCCGGAGCGAGGAUGGACAGACGGCCCUGAGAAACAGACAAAAUCUAACCAUGACGCGACGUUGUUUAUUGAGGGCAUUUCAAUGGAAGGGUAUGCGCCACAAAGUGUAUUAAUAUAUGCGACAAAUAUGUAG